AUGCGGCUGCGGCUGGCGGCGCGGGCGGCGGCGGGUGCCGGGUACCGGCAGGGCCAGAGCCCCGGCCCGCGAACCCGCGAGUACUUCUACUACGUGGAUCACCAGGGCCAGCUCUUCCUGGACGAUGCCAAGGUGAAGAACUUCAUCACCUGCUUCAAAGAUGUGAAGUUCCUGGCCUUCUUCUUCAAGCAGCUGCGCCGCAACCGCAGCGGGCGCUACGAGGCCGACUUCCCCUACGUGUCGCUGUGCGGCCACGAGCGCAACUACGUGCGCUGCGACGACCGGCCCGUCGUCUUCACCCAGCUGCUGCCCGGCGCGGACGGCGCCGAGCUGCUGUCCUACUGCGGCGGCGGCGAGCGCCUCGUGGUGCCCUUCGAGCCGGCGCGCUUGGCCGUGCUGCCCGAGAGCGGGCGGCUCUACCACCCGGCGCCGGCGGCGGCGGGCGGCGCGGGGCUCGUGCGGUCUGCGCUGGCCUUCGAGUGGAGCGGCGCCUUCGAGCACGGCCGCGGCGCCGCGCGGCCGCCCACGCACUUCUGGUGGCGCGGGCGCCGCUACGAGCUCACCAACGAGCUGCUGCCCGUGCUGCGCGCCGGCGCCUGAGCGCCCGCCUCCGGUCCCGCGCCGAAACGCGGCUUUAAACGCGCCUUAAAUCGCUCUCGGCGCCCUCGGGGGACUGCGGGGCCCCCGGCGCCCCGGGAUUCGGGUUUGUGGUGUUUUUUGGGGUGGAAUCGUCAUGGAGUUGUUGUGGUUGGAAUAGACCUUCAAGAUGAUCGGG